AGGCACAAUAUAUUACAGUCUAGGGCUCGCUGCUGAAAAGCCUGCUGGAUCUUCCAGUGACCUGCUGUUCUUUCCUGCUUUCCUGUGUGUUUUUUUUUUCUUCUUCUCUAGAUUUAGAUUAAAAACAAAGCCCGGUCCUCCUUCUCCCUUGUCUUUUUAGACCUCUGCAAAGAAGCCCUGUAGUUUUGAGGUACUGUUACAAGGUUGGAAGAUUCGAAUGGAGAUACGUGUUUGUUUUUGUAGCUUGUUGGGGACAUUUGCAGAAGGACAAGUCUAAGGAGAGCUGGACGUGAUUCUUCGGAAUUCCCUGCUUCUCCCAUUCUCCUGAUCUGUCGGACAGUAACAAAGUGGGACGUCAGGGAAUUCUCGGGGGAAAUCCAGUCCAAGUGUGAAGUAAGGGGAUCUGUUUUUGGAGGACUCCUUGUCGGAUGCACUGACUGUCUUCUGCGGCUCCGAAAGGACAGAGCCGGGUUCCCGAGCUCAAUCCGGGGCUCAGUCCCCUGGUAGAGGGGGAACGCAAGAGUACGGAGGGUCAGUGCAUUGCCCGUCAAACCGGCAUCCCUCCGUUGACCAUGUACCCACAGGGUAGACACCCGGUACCUCUGCAGCCUGGACAGUCAUUUAAGUUUACAGUUCUGGAGACCCUGGACCGCAUUAAAGAGGAGUUUCAGUUCCUUCAGGCUCAGUACCACAGUCUCAAGUUGGAGUGUGAGAAGUUGGCCAGUGAGAAAACUGAGAUGCAGCGCCACUAUAUCAUGUACUACGAGAUGUCCUACGGGCUCAACAUUGAGAUGCACAAACAGGCGGAGAUCGUGAAGCGACUCAGUGCUAUCUGUGCUCAAAUCAUCCCUUUCCUCUCUCAGGAGCAUCAACAGCAGGUUGUUCAGGCGGUGGAGCGAGCUAAACAAGUGACCAUGGCAGAGCUCAACGCCAUCAUAGGGCAGCAGCAGCUCCAGCACCUGUCUCACCACACUCCAGGUAUUCCUCUCACUCCUCAUCCUUCAGGUCUGUCUCUGGGUGGGACGUCCAGUCUGUUGGCCCUCACUGGGGCCCUGGGAGUCACGGCACACCUGGCCAACAAGGACGAACGCAACCACCUAGACCCAGAGCACCUACGAGAGGGUGCGCCCAGCAGGAGUAAAUCAGUGUCGUCGACUGACAGUCAGGCGGUGGAGGAUCGUCAGGGUCCGUCAGGGGUUUAUUCCUCUCAGGCCGGUGGUGAUGCCAAACGGAGACGCUGUGAGGAAAAAGACAUUCUGCAGUCCCACUACGACAGUGAUGGAGACAAGAGCGAGGACAAUCUUGUAGUAGACGUCUCGAAUGAGGAAGCUUCCUCUCCGGUCGGCAGUGCUCCUCUCUCUCCUCAUGGAAAUGGACUGGAUCGAGCUCUACCACUGAGGAAAGAGCUCCCAGGAUCCCCCAGUCCCCCCACAGCCUCCCCGCCACACAGCCCAACCCCUGGCAAAAACAAGGACACGGCACAAACAGAAAAAUCUCAGUCGCCUUCCUCAAAAUCAGGCAAUUCCUCUCCCUCUCACCAUGACCCUCUCACCCCUGGUCCACCCGGCCCACCGGGACCCAGCACGUCCUGUUUACGCCUGGUCAACAAACCUGCCUCCUCGGCAGACCCUCUGGCUCUGCGGAGCCCCUUAACCAUGACGCCCGGUUCUUACCCAGCUCACUUUGGGGUGGUGUCUCACGCUGGGCUGAAUGGAGAGCUGGCCAGUCCGGGCGGAUUCGGAGGCUCACUCACCCUCUCGCCCCAAAUCAGUGCUGCAGCCAGUGCCUACACACGCAGCCCUAUGGUAGCGUAUGAAUCCCGUUCACAUCUCAGGCCCUCAGGGCUGUCCUCCUCACUUCCUGGCUCUACUAGUGGCAAACCUGCUUACUCGUUCCAUGUGAGCGCAGAUGGUCAAAUGCAGCCGGUGCCCUUUCCUCCUGAUGCCCUCCUCGGCCCUGGCAUCCCGCGUCAUGCCCGUCAGAUCCACACUCUGAGUCAUGGAGAGGUGGUGUGCGCCGUCACCAUCAGCACUUCCACACGCCACGUCUACACCGGUGGCAAAGGUUGUGUCAAAGUAUGGGACAUCAGCCAACCAGGCAGCAAGAGCCCGAUGGCCCAACUGGACUGUUUGAAUCGAGACAACUACAUCCGCUCAUGCAAGAUUCUCCCAGAUGGCCGGACCUUAAUAGUUGGGGGCGAGGCCAGCACACUGUCCAUCUGGGACUUGGCCACACCCACUCCACGCAUCAAGGCAGAAUUGACGUCUUCGGCUCCGGCCUGCUACGCUCUGGCCAUCAGUCCUGACAACAAGGUCUGCUUCUCCUGCUGCAGUGACGGAAACAUCGUAGUCUGGGACCUGCACAACCAGACACUCGUCAGGCAGUUCCAAGGCCACACAGAUGGAGCCAGUUGUAUUGAUAUUUCUAAUGAUGGGACCAAAUUGUGGACGGGAGGUCUGGACAACACUGUACGCUGCUGGGACCUGAGAGAAGGGCGACAGCUGCAGCAGCAUGACUUCACAUCACAGAUCUUUUCUCUGGGUUACUGUCCUACGGGUGAAUGGCUUGCAGUGGGGAUGGAGAGCAGUAAUGUGGAAGUGCUGCACGUCUCCAAACCAGACAAAUACCAGCUACACCUUCAUGAAAGCUGCGUUCUCUCGCUCAAGUUUGCCUACUGCGGGAAGUGGUUUGUAAGCACAGGAAAGGACAAUCUUCUCAAUGCAUGGAGGACGCCUUACGGAGCCAGUAUUUUCCAG